AAUGGUCAGACCAUUCUAUUGCCAGAACUCGACCCUUUCUUCCCUUUCUCUUUCUCUCUAUCCAAAUUCAUCCAUCCAUCCAUACCAUAUUUGCAAGAAAAGAAAGAAAGAUUUGAGCUUUUCUUCCAUCAGCUGAUCCAGUCUUCCAUUGCUCUGCUCUGCUCUGUUCUUCUCCUAAGAUUUCUGGGUAAAAAAAUUCUCAGACGGGUCCCACUUCCCGAGGUAAUAUCUGGCUCCGGAUCCCUGCCACAGAAAAGUUGGCACUUUCAUCAUAUACCCACUUCAAUUCCCUUUGGCUGGUUUCUCAGCAUAAUUCAAAUCUCAAUUUGGUAUUGAGAUAAAGUGUUCUACAUUAUGGGUUCUAAUAUUUUCGCUCCGGCACCCACUUAUCGAACUCUGGAGACAUUUUGGGACUCCGAAGAGGAUUCCCCCGGUCCCCGGUGUAGUCAUACACUCACUGCCAUCGCCGCCACUGGAAACCAUGGUCCGCGCCUUAUCCUUUUUGGAGGCGCCACUGCCAUUGAAGGGGGGCCUUCAUCCGAUGUCCCUGGAAUCAGGCUUGCUGGAGUCACCAAUUCUGUGCACUCCUAUGAUGUUCUUACUAGGAAAUGGACGAGACUUCGAGCAGCUGGUGACCCCCCUUCUCCCAGAGCUGCCCACACUGCGGCUGUUGUUGGGACAAUGGUUGUGUUUCAGGGUGGCAUUGGUCCUGCUGGACAUUCUACAGAUGAUCUCUAUGUGCUUGAUCUGACCAAUGACAAAUUAAAGUGGCACAGGGUUGUAGUUCAAGGACAGGGUCCAGGACCUCGAUAUGGACAUGUGGUGGACUUGGUUGCCCAGAGAUAUCUUGUAACAAUUAGUGGCAAUGAUGGGAAAACAGCACUGUCCGAUGUUUGGGCUUUCGAUACUGCUCAAAAACCAUAUGUGUGGCAAAAAAUUAACCCAGACGGUGAUACACCUUCUGCAAGAAUGUACGCGACAGGCUGUGCUCGCUCUGAUGGCAUGUUUCUACUUUGUGGUGGCAGAGAUUCAUCUGGGACGCCCCUUGCGGAUGCUUAUGGGCUACUCAUGCAUAGAACUGGCCAGUGGGAGUGGACCCUUGCACCCGGAGUUGCACCUUCAUCAAGAUAUGAGCAUGCAGCUGUUUUUGUUGGAGCUAGAUUGCAUGUUACUGGGGGUGCACUCAGGGGAGGGCGAGCAGUAGAUGGUGAAGCAGCAAUUGCAGUUCUGGACACUGCUGCUGGAGUGUGGUUGGAUAGAAAUGGAAUGGUGACGUCUUCACAGGGGAGUAAGGGCCAAUCUGACCGGGAUCCUUCCUUGGAGCUCAUGCGUCGCUGUCGUCAUGCAGCAGCAGCUGUCGGUGAUAGGAUAUAUGUUUACGGUGGUCUCAGAGGAGAUGUCCUGUUGGGUGAUCUUGUAGUUGCUGAAAAUUCACCAUUUCAGUCUGACAGUAAUCCAUUAACACCUGAUAAUGGGUCCAUGGUUUCAAGCCCUAGAAUGUUCCCAAACAUGAAUUCUUCAACAUUAGUUGGUGACAGUAGACAGGAGAGUCCAUCAGGUGGCUUGAGUAGGGAUGAUGAUUCGAUGGCUAAACUCGCUAAAAACUCUGCGGAUGAGGCUGAAGUAGCUUCGGUGGUCUGGAAAACAGUGAAACCAGCAUCUCCGUCUGAUGAAGCUUCGGGAUCAGAAGAAAAUACAAUUGUUGCAGAACCCAUUUCCGAUGGUAGUGACAAUGGGGUGGAUGUCCGACUUCAUCCAAGGGCUGUUGUAGUAGCUAAAGAUGCUGUGGGAAAUCUUGGUUUGUUGAUAAGGCAACUCUCACUGGAUCACUUUGAAAAUGAAAGUAGGAGAAUUGUUCCGGUUAACAACGAGCAGCCAAAUUCUGCCAGGAAGAUCACCAGGCAGAGAUCUCCUCAAGGCUUGCACAAAAAGAUCAUUUCAAAUUUGCUUAAACCUCAGAACUGGAGAGCUCCUACCAAUAGGAGGUUUUUUCUGGAUUCUUUUGAAGUAGGCGAGCUUUGCCAUGCAGCUGAACAGAUCUUUAUGCAGGAGCCAACAGUUCUUCAGUUGAAAGCUCCUGUCAAAGUGUUUGGUGAUCUUCAUGGACAGUUUGGUGACUUAAUGCGACUUUUUGAUCAAUAUGGGUUUCCUUCUCCUGCAGGAGAUAUAACGUAUAUCGACUAUCUGUUUCUUGGUGAUUAUGUUGAUCGUGGACAACAUAGCUUAGAGACCAUAACUUUGCUCCUUGCGUUAAAGAUUGAGUACCCCGAGAAUGUUCAUCUUAUUCGUGGGAACCAUGAGGCGGCUGACAUUAAUGCUCUCUUCGGUUUUCGAAUUGAAUGCAUUGAGAGAAUGGGAGAGAAUGAUGGUAUCUGGGCAUGGACACGGUUUAAUCAGCUAUUUAACCAUCUUCCUCUGGCGGCUCUUAUUGAGAAAAAGAUCAUAUGCAUGCAUGGUGGAAUAGGAAGGUCCAUAAAUUCCGUGGAACAAAUAGAGAAAAUUGAAAGACCCAUAACAAUGGAUGCUGGCUCCAUCAUUUUGAUGGACCUGUUAUGGUCUGAUCCUACUGAAAAUGAUAGUGUAGAAGGUCUGAGACCUAAUGCCAGAGGGCCAGGACUCGUCAGCUUUGGGCCUGAUCGCGUAACAGAUUUUUGCAAGAGAAACAAAUUGCAGCUGAUUAUAAGGGCUCAUGAAUGUGUUAUGGAUGGAUUUGAACGGUUUGCUCAAGGACAGCUAAUCACUCUUUUCUCAGCCACCAAUUAUUGUGGAACGGCAAAUAAUGCUGGAGCGAUACUUGUAGUGGGAAGAGGGCUGGUUGUUGUUCCAAAGUUGAUCCAUCCUUUACCGCCUCCUCAUCACUCCCCAGAGAUGUCUCCUGAACGUGUAACAGACUAUACAUGGAUGCAGGAGCUCAACAUGCAGAGACCACCUACUCCAACAAGAGGCCGUCCACAGCCAGACUUUGACCGUCAUUCCCUGGCUUAUAUAUAAAUCCCCGAUUUCUUACAUUUUUAUGGAUCAAACCACGAGUUUAUACCACCAGGAGUAUUAUGUUUUCAUAGGUUGUAACUUGUAAGUUUGGUUAUGUCUUUACUCUUUAGAGACUAGAAUAAAUUAUUACAAAGAAACCUACCUGCAUGAAGAUGAUAUCUUGCCAGACAAAGAAGAAGAUAGAAGACAACAAAUUAUUCUAUUAUUUAAGUAGUUUUGUGUACAUUAUUUAUUUAAAUGAAUAGCACUAUUAUUUAUA